AUGGCUCCCCAUGUGAUUGAUCUGAUCUCAUCAAGCCCGCCUUUGCCAGCCAACGCUGAGCCACGAGCAAGAGAAGCAGCAGCAUCACCGGCAGCGUCACCGGCAAUAGUUGCGGCCGACAGACAACCAAACAAAUCCAGACGACCUCAUUCGCCGCAGCUGUUUGUUUCUUCCGAUUUCGACUUCACCGACGAUGAAUCUGCCCUCCAAGACACCAGACACGCAAAGCGGCCACGAAUCUUCGAACCACCGCCUCGUCCACCUGCCAAUUCUUCCCGAGCAGCUCUGCCUCCCUUUCUCAGGGCUACUUCCAACAGACCAAACCAACUGGAAUUCGACCCAAUCGAGUUCACCAGCUCUAUCGAUCCAGACACGCCCGUAACUCAGCACAGUACCAUCAAUACUGGCUCUCGCUCUCGUUUUGCUCAGCCUCAGCCCGCACCGACGAGCAAGGCGCCUGAACAGAUUGUCUUGAGCUCUGAUCCUUUUGCUAGCUCCCCUCCUCCAGCGCCUAUUGUUGCGUCUCAAGAACGAGCAAAGAAACACACAACUACGACUAUCCUAGCCGACGAAUCCGAUCCCUUUGCAAGCUCUCCGCUUCCUCUAGUCCUACCUCCUCCUCCACGUGAGCCACACAAACAACGACAACAGCCAGGUUCUCUACAUCCGAAAUUGACUGUUGACGAAUUUUCGGAUCCGUUCACUAGCUCACAAGAGAUCAACCCCCUUCGAUCUGCGAAUGCGUCCACCCCUCGCAGAGCAGCAUCUGUAGAGGUGGUUGACUACUCCCGGAGGCGAAAGUACUGGGAUCCGAUUUCAAGUUCUGCUCCAGAGCAACCCCCACAAGUGUCACCGCCGAAGAAAAAUACCACUGCCGGACCUGUUGUUAUUAACAUCGACUUGGACUCGUCAGGCACAUCAGAGGAUGAGUUUCCAGACAUUACCGACUUCAAUGUUUCUCACAUCAGACCUCGUCCUCGCUCCCCUAUUCGCCGUUCUCGUAGUGAUAUAGUCUUCUCGAGAAGCAGCAGACCCAAUGCAGCAAGAACAGCAGAGCAGCGGACUCGUGAUAAGGAUGCUCAAGCAGCGGCCAAAGCUGCUGAAAAAGAGCGAAAACGGCAGGAGAAAGAACAACUGAAAGAGGCCAAAGCCCUAGAAAAGGAACGUGCUGCUGCAUUAGCAGAGGUGAACAAGGUUCGCACAGACAAAAAGGUUUCGACGCCGGAGAUGAUUCUCAUCAUGCCAUCAAGCGUAAAUGAAGGACUAAAAAUACAGCUGGAGACCCUGUUGGACGGGCUGAGCGUGGAAUAUACCACCUGGGAGAGCCCUGUUGCCAACACCUUCAAGUGGGAGAGAAAAGUUCGCAGCCGUUUUGACGAUGAGAUGGGUCGCUGGGAACCGAUCCCGCUACAAAUCAAGCCCGAGAAGCACGUACUGGUCCUGAUCACGGCAGAUGAGUUUGUCGGCAUGGCCGUCAGUGACUCUGUAGACUCCAGCGUCUCUCGGACAAAGAGGCACUUCCCCGGCCACGAAUUGAUAUACAUCCUCGAAGGGAUAACCCCUUGGAUGAGGAAGAAUCGCAAUAUCCGAAAUCGAAGAUUCACAUCUGGCGUACGUGCACAAGAACAGCCGGAUCCCGAGGCAGCAGCAGCAGCAGGAGCAUCGGCCACAGCUUCUUCUCGUAGACGCCGUAACAACGCUGCUGUUGAGGAGUACAUUUCGGAAGACAUUGUCGAAGACGCAAUGCUCCGGCUGCAGGUCGAGCAUGACGUUUUGAUCCACCACACGGCUGUACCGUUAGAAACUGCGCAGUGGAUUGCCACCUUCACUCAGCAUAUAUCGACUAUUCCAUACAAGAAAAUGCGGGACAAGAUGACCUCUGCGGCGGGCUUCUGUAUGGAGAGCGGACAGGUCCGCACUGGCGAUGAUGCACGCGAUACUUAUGUUCGCCUGCUGCAAGAGAUUGCUCGCGUCACGGCGCCGAUUGCCUACGGAAUAGUCUCAGAGUUUGGCAGCGUGAGCGAGCUUGUCAGGGGGCUCGAAGAAGGAGGGCCACUGAGGCUGGAGAGUGUGCGGAAGAGUGCCAACAAGGACGGGGCAGCUUCAGACAGAGCGGUGGGACAGGCU